UCGCCGCUCGUUGUACUUUGUCGUCAAAAGUGCUACCGAGAUCUCCUUGCUCUCUCUAUAUUGUAUAUUUUUGGUGAUUUCUGAUCGUAGUUUGACAGGAAUCUUAUUCUUCAGAAUAGAAAUUCCAUUGUUGCUUGAUUAUGAUUGGUUCAGAUUAUGAUUGAGGGUGUGCGCGUCGCAUGAAUUAGCCAAUCAGUAGCAGUCUUCUGAGAUAAAAGCUCUAGCUAGCUAGCUAGCUACUGUACUCCGCAAGCAAACUACAGCCUACAGGCGCAGGUAUGCGUGUAUCGAAUGGAAAGAAGCGGUUCAACUUCAAGGGUCGGGCCUAUUGUCUUUGCUUUGUUGACAAAUGGAUUGAGGGAUCUACAGGAGAUCAGUCUGGUAUUGUGGGGGUGCAUAUGGAACUCUUGCCGAGAUGGAAGUCGUUCCAAUGAUGUGCUUAAUCUCCACGGAGUCAGGGACGGCAUGCCAUUGCACUAAACGUUACAAGCACCGUCAUUUUUCCCACGAGAUUAAGCACGUUUGUGAUAUGACAUUAAUCUCCAAGAGCCUCCUGGCUAUUCACACAUGAUUCAGAUCUGACAGUUAGAUCCUCUAGGCCCUACUAGGGUUUUUUCAACUGGUCUAGCAUGCAGGAUAUUUAAGUUAGCAUUAAGAAUUUCUUCAACUUGUUUAAAAUAAAGAGAAUAUGAGCACAUAAUGGGUUAAGAAAAUUCUACAAUAUUGAUCAGAAUGGCAAACUCGGCUGGAUACAAGCUACGCACAGCCGCCCAUAAACACUUGACUGACUCAGAAUGCACAACACUCAAGAUAUGUAUCCGGAGAUUCAGGGAGACCCAGUCAGUGCUUGGACUUUGCACGUCUCUCCAGAGGUUUUUGGAUACCCCAGAUAAAGUGCAUUUGAUGACUCUUAUCUUUCCAAUGAUUCCUAAGGACCUUUUAGUUGACUUUGACAACUUGUCCCGUCUGCAAUUUGAGUAUUACAGCACCCUGGUUAGACCUAAGCUUGUGGAGAAGUACAAACUAGAUGGUGCAAAGGUGACAAGUCCAAACAAAGGAUUGAGCAGAAAAUCCUCUUCACGUGUCUUAUUGCCAGUAGAACAACUGCACAACCUAGCAGAGGCCAGAGAACACACCAUGGAAACAUUCAAAGGCAGACGCAGUGAGGUUCAUCGUAAUGGAAGCCAACGGGCUGUAGAGCUGACCAGAGUAGCAAAGGAACAUAAGCGUAGCAAGACAUAUCAUGCUCCUGAACAGCCUGUUAGUGGGGAUGAAGCCAGUAGGUCGGCAUUUCGUGAACCACAGCCCCCAGUACUCAAUACAAGCCAAAGAAGUAGCGAUUCCACACCAAGAGUUAGACUAGGAGAGCUCAAGCAGGAGGCUACACCUAAAUCACUCCAGGUGCGGCGAGUGACACUUGAGAGGCGAGAUGGACAAUCUUUUGGUUUCUGUAUUCGAGGUGGAAUUGAUCUUAACACUGGAAUCUUUGUCUCUGAAGUGGAUGCUGGGGGCCAAGCUGAACGAAAGGGAAUGAAAGUAGGAGAAAGAAUUCUCAAGGUGAAUAAUGUUGUAUUUAAGAGUAUCAGUCAUUCACAAGCUGUAGUAGCUAUCAAGUCUGCUCCUCGUAUUCAUGUCUACCUAGCACCACUUGGUCAAAUGCCUGGUUCUACUGGUACAACACCGAGGAUUGAUGAUAACAUAUUUGGAAGCCUUGGCUGCCAGUUGAGAUUACCAAGCACAGAUACCAUUAACACAGAAUCUUCCAAGUCUAGGGUUCGAAAGGUCACUAUCCUGGCUGAAGAAGAUGGUUGGCUUGGUUUCAGUAUUAGAGGUGGAACAGAUCAGAAUAUGGACAUAACAGUUGCUAAUGUAGAUAUUUCAUCACCAGCUGACAGAGCAGGCCUGAAGAAGGGAGAACGCAUUUUGAAGGUGAAUGGUACGCCAGUUGAAGGAUUAGAACACAUGCAUAUUGUCAAUCUGGUUUUGUCUGCUAGUAUUGUUGUUCUUCAUGUGAAACCUGCUCCAAGGAGAUCAUCUCAGAGUAGUGCUGUAUCAUCCAAGAUGAGGGGUCGUCAUGUAUCAUCAAGCUCAUCUACCGCAAGCAAAGGAGCAAAGCAAGACUUUGCCUCUGGAAAUGAAUUUGAUGAAUCUCUAACUCAGUCUAGUGUACGGCGAGGUCUAAGGUCACCCAUACCAGAGACAGCCCAGGAGAUUGCACAGUUUGUUGCUGAGAUGCAGUCAACCCCUCCUGUAUCUACUUCGACACCUCUCCCACCUGACGAUGAUCCUAGACUUAUCAAGAAUAGGAAUCAGUAUCUGAGAGAGAUGUACAAUAGUGCUGCCACAGAUGAGGAUAGUAUCCUUCAAGGCAUGAGGGAUGAAGGUGGUGGUGGUGACCUAGAUGCUCCUCUUCAUCUCAACCUCUCCAACCUGUCUGGGAGAACACUGGAAGAAUCAUCACAUCAGAAUGCGAGAGGGAUGUAUCUAGUACAUGGAAAUGAAGAUUUUGAGAGCACUAGUCCACGGAGAGGUUCCAAGUUUGAUCAGGGCACUAUUCGCCUGAAUCUCGCUAAAGGUAGCAUGAAGGACACGAUGAAGGAAGCUAAGCUAAUCAACAUUGAUAUUGAUUUUGAAAAUGAUGUUGAUAAGAAGCAGAGAAAGCAUGUAAAAGAUUUGUUUGAACAGAAGCAAGAGACCAAUCGUAAGUUAAGUCCAUCUCCUAACAGGCAAGGAUCACACUGUAAACAGAUUCCAGAUGGAUAUACACCUCGUAUGAACAUUCUUAGCAGUCCCUAUACACACUUUGAUCGUGAAAAUAACAUCAAAGCUGAGUCAUUGACCCCAUCAUCUCAAGAAUUAAAAGGAGCCAUUAAAACUGCUUCAAGUCAGAUCAGUAAUGAGUUGACUGGAAAGAGUAAGGGUAUGACAACCUGCAAUGUGCCACCUUCGCCUCACAAUGAAUCAAGUCCUGUGUCAAAGUUUAUCAAUAAAGUGCUUAGACGAAGAAGCAGUGGGGGAAAAGAUUUACUGAAGAAGAGUGGAACAAGUCCUUCAAACAGCAUAGGUAGAACUGAUUCUCUUCAUGGUACCUGCAGAUCUUUGAGACUUGAUAAUAUCAUACCUGAGCCAACUAUCCAAGGAAGUGCCUAUGAUUCUAUGAAAAUGCGUGGUGGUGAUUUUAGUUCCACUGAUGGAGAUUAAGAAAAUAUCUUAAUGGAUCUUAGACAAACCGGCUGAAAGCAUUGUUAAUCUGUUUCUAAUCAUAUCUCAAAAUCACAAAUAUCUUAAGGUUUCAGAAUUGUACAUCUUGUAUUUAAUGUCUUCAAUUGAGUAUCAACAUUGCAUGUACAUUUUAUGCAAUACAAUGUAUAUAUGAGUUACUGCAAUGAAUUAUUUUUUUAAGAUAAUCUAAGUUGGAUAUGUUUUUUUUUCACCUUGAAUUUUGCUCUGAAUAUUUAUAAGGUUCUCAAAGAUUCACAGGGUAAGGUUUUAUAAUUCUAGUUAAAUUUAGCAAUUUGUAACUCUACGGCCAGAAUUGACAAAAGAUGUUUAAACCGCUACGCAGGUUUUUGAAGCAUGCGAGCACACUAUCCAAUUAUAUAAAAGCUCUAGGUUCACACUUUGAGGUUUUGCACCAUCUCCUAGUUCAAACCUGUUUUUGUGAAUGCAAUCCAGUGUCUUCACUUGUAAAGAGCCAAAUGCUACCAUUUGGAAUUGAAUUACAUAUACUUACAUACUUUUACUUCCUAAUGUUUUGGAGCAAGAGAAGAGAACAAAUGCUGCUCAGUAUGCCUUUACACAUUCAGGAUCAUUUGUAUUUGAUAUGCAUGUACACACUACUGCCUACAAUCUUCAUUAUACUUGUAUUUACGUAUGAAUUACAGUUGAUGCUGCUAUUAUUGCCAUGAUUUGUGAUAAAAAGAGAAAACUUAGAAAUUUAGUUUUAGACAUCUUUUAUGAUUUCACAUUGUACAAAAGGCAUUAAUCAAUGUUUAUUGUCAUGUAUAUUUACAGUUUUCACUGUAUGCAGGAUUUGGGAUGUUUGAGAGAAGAGUAUAUGAUGAUGGACUUUCGAUUUUUAUCAGUAUAAUACAGUGUAAAGUCACAAUCAAAUGUUCAUCUUAUUGAGUACAUGUUGUAUAUAAUAUGAUGUACUAUUGCUGCUCACUAGAUAGUUUGUCAUUCUGUAUCUGAAUGUACAUUGCCAGUGAUAUCCAUUUAAAACUUUCUUGAGAGAUUUCAUUAUGAUAUUCAUUAUUCCAAUACAAAAAAUAAUGAUUUUAAUCUUUUUAAGAACCAUUUUCAUCAAUGCUAGUAAACGACUUACAAUGCUUCUUAUCCUGCCCUUGUUCACAUUGUAUCUUUAUACAAAGGAUAUGUUCAUAUGUAUGUAAACUUUAUACUUGAAUUUGUAUGUUAUGUACAAAUGAAUUUCUUAUCAUUCUUUCUCAAUUUUGUACCGACAUAUUGCUUUUUUCAUAAUGCCAUUAGAAAAAAGUGUGGCCUGGAAUGCAGAUGGAUAAAAAUCAACCUUUUUAAUUGAGCUUCAGUCUAUUGUGCUUAAAGGGGAAUCCAACCCAAACAAAAAGUUGUUUUAGAGUAAAAAGAAAAAUCAGACAAGUUGAUACGUGAAAGUUUGAACAAUAUUGGACAAACAAGAAGAAAGUUAUAAAUGUUUAAAAGUUGUAAAAAUCGGUAAUAACUAUACCCAUGGAGACUUCAAAUUGGCCGCAUUUGUAAUGUCAUGGUGUUGUAAGGCAAGGACUACUCUUCCACUUUACUCCAAUACAUAAAAUGGCUAAAGUUUUUAUUUCAAAUUAUAUUUUUAUUUCAUGGGGAAAUAAAACAAUAUGCUACCCGGGUUAUAUUUUGAUUUAUGCCCCAGGGGAAUAGGUAUUUAGGAGAAAACUACAAAACCCUGAUACUUAAGUACAUGGCCAAUGGGAAACUUGUCCUUGCCCUUGUCACAAUUUACUUGCCUAGUUGUCAAUUUGAAAUAUUCUCUUUUUUUUUUUUUUUUUUCCAAUACAACAUUUUAUGACCAAGGUUGGAUUCCCCUUUAAGAUACAUUUUUAUUUUCAUUUCCUUCUGCACCUUGCUUAUCAAGAAACACAUAUUUUCCAUGCAAAUAAUAAUAAUAGCAAUAUUAAUAAUGAUAAUGAUGGUAAUAAUGUUGAUGAUAAUAAAUGAUAAUAAUAACAAUAAUAAUAAUAAACAGACUUAUUUGGUUACAACCAUUUAGUAUGGUUUUUAUUUGGGUUAUGUGUAUAAAAAUAUUUGUCAAUGUCAUACACUGUAGUAAUAAUGGUGACUUGGUGAAUGUACUGUACAGCAUCUCUGGUAGAAGCAGCCUGUAUUGAAACGUAGGAUAUUAAAGCAGGUAAUACUUCUACUUAGGAUUCAUCAACAAAAUUUCUCCAAGCUGUCCAAUGUAGCAUUAUGGUUUUUAAGUCAUGAAUGUCAAGUGUAGUGUCCCUAAUAAUACUAUCAAAUGUAUGAUGCCAUCCUCCUACCCCUUCCGCUUCUUCCUUGUGUUGUUACCUAAAGAAUUGUUUUUUGUGUUAACAAUUCUUAACACAGUGUGCUCAAAUUCUCAAUCUCUUUACUUUGUUUUUUACUUUUCACCUUUGGUAGAUCACCGCAUGGUUCUGUGUUUUUCAUAUGGAACUUCCAUGAAAUAUUCAAGGCGACCCUUAACAUGCGUGUGUAAACAUCAUAUGAUGCUUUUUUUCCAAUUGUAAAGUAGAACAGAUACUGAACUAACAGUUGAUUGCCAAACCUUCUUAAUCUGGUGUAUGACUUUCCAUUGUAAAAGGUUUGCAUGUAAGGAACUUGACAAAUAACUUGGAAUCUUUUUAGGAGUAUGGCUCCUAAAAGUAUAUUAUUUCAUUAAUAUGUUGGAUAAUGCUUGAUAAUUUUGAAUUUGAAUACAUGCAAUUAUUGUUCAAUCCACCUAAUCACAAUUUUGCCUUGAUUGCUUUCAGAACAUUGUGCAAUUUUUUUAAAAUCAUUUUUUUGUGUAUGUACAAUUUCAAACUCAGUGUAUGUUUUGUUGUUACUUCAUCUUUUAUGCACAAGUAUUUUGGCGCCACCAGUACUUGGUUAUAGACUUAUGUUCAUGUUUAAUAAAUUUGGUGUUAAGUAGGAUUAGUGUAUUACAUGUAUAUCAUUCAAUCUCAAUCUUCUCUUUUCUGAAAGGUUUGCUGUGCUAGCUGAAUUGUAGACAACCUGUGACACAGACAGCAAUAUUUAGUGCUUCUACUUAACAGCUUUUCCAUCAUUGAGUUGUUUUUGUAUGUGAUUAUAGAGUUAUUAAAUUGACAAAUACAGAAGAGUUCAUUAAUUUUUGAUAGACUUAAAUGUUAUACCUGGACUAUUUGCUGAAAAAAAAACUAAAUAAAGGGGCUUUUCAUUUUGUAAUCAAUA